AUCCGCUUCAUUCAUCUUCAUUCCGCAGAGCGUCUGAGUGACAGAUCUCACACUAACGCAGGUUAAACACACCGGACUGUCCCGUUUUCCAGCUCUGUAACAGCAUGGUAGUGAGAUUAAACACUUUUAUUCGCCUCUCUCUGUGUUUAAUGCUGGGUUACUGUGCAGGGAGUGUGUGUGGCCAAACCGCCUCACACAAUGAGCUCCUGAAAGGCUGUUUGGAUGGGAACCUGUCAGUAGACGCAGCGUUCGAUUGUCAGAUUAAAUACAACAUGCGUAAAUCUGAGGAUCUGGAUGAUGAAGGAUGUUUCCUCCAACCGGGUCACAGCGAGGCGCUGCAGCAGUGCGGCUUCAACACCACGGCCAAGACCAUCCUCAUCAUCCACGGCUGGACGAUAGGAGGUGUUUUUGAGAGUUGGAUGUAUAAGCUGGUUGCGGCGGUAGUGAAGUGUGAGGCUGAGGCGAAUGUCAUCGUGGUGGACUGGCUGGGUUUGGCCCAUCAGCUUUACCCUGACGCUGUCAAUCACACACUCCGUGUCGGACGCAGCAUUGCCACACUGCUCGACUGGCUGAAGGAUGAACAGCAGCUGCCUCUGGAGAACGUGCAUCUGAUUGGUUACAGUCUGGGAGCUCACGUAGCGGGAUAUGCUGGAACAUUCGUUCAUGGCACAGUCGGCCGUAUAACAGGGUUGGACCCGGCCGGUCCCAUGUUUGAGGGGGUGGAGCCACACAAGCGGCUAUCUCCAGACGACGCAGAGUUCGUGGAUGUUCUGCACACGUACACACGUGAAGCUCUGGGCGUGAGCAUCGGCAUCCAGCAGCCAAUCGGACACAUCGACAUCUACCCUAACGGGGGGGACGUGCAGCCCGGCUGUGCCCUGGGGGACGUCCUGUCCUCCGCCGCCGCGGGGGACUUUAUGGAGGUGAUGAAGUGUGAGCACGAGCGGGCAGUGCACCUGUUUGUCGACUCUCUGAUGGAUAAGGAACACGUGAGUUUUGCGUAUCAGUGCACGGGACCGGAGCGCUUUAAUAAAGGCAUCUGUCUGAGCUGCAGGAAGAAUCGCUGUAACAACGUGGGCUACAACACUCGCAGCGUGCGCAGGACGAGGAACAGCAAGAUGUACCUGAAGACUCGCGCUGACACGCCCUUCGCCGGUUACCACUAUCAGAUGAAGAUGCACGUCUUUAACCGGAAACACUCUGAUGAUGCAGAUCCCACCUUUUACAUCAAACUGUACGGAGCUCACGACGACACCAACGACAUCCACGUCGACAUUGCUGACGGUGUGGGUUUGAACCUGACCAACACGUUCCUGGUAUUUACGGAGGAGGACAUCGGAGAGCUGCUGAAGAUCCGUGUGAGCUGGGAGAGUCCCACUCAGUCCUUCUCGGCUGUGUGGAAACACAUCAAGUCCUUCUGGAGCAGUUCCCCGAGUUCCAAAGUGCUGCAGGUUCGCCGCAUCCGCGUCAAGUGUGGAGAGACGCAGAAGAAGUUCACGUUCUGUGCUGAAGACCAGUCACUAACAGACAUCACUCCGGGGAAUUCUCUAACCUUUGUGAAAUGUCGUGAUGGCUGGGAGGUGAAACCUAGGAAACGGAUCCUCGUGUGAGUGGACUUGGUCACAGAAGCAGAUGUGGAUUGGGACGCGACCGCUCUCUUCAAGUCUGAGCACUUUUUUCUGGGGGAUUUUUGUUGUGUACACA